AUGCUGGUGCUUCUAACAUUUUGCGUUUUGGUUUCGCAAGUAUCACCAGCAUCCCAGGUGCCACAGCAAGUUAUACAAAACAUGGAUCGCAAUGCCUGUUCUCUGGUUGUAUGUGGCCCAGCUGAGAAAGGGUUACCAGGGAGAGAUGGGAGAGAUGGAAUCCAAGGACUAAAAGGGGACAAGGGAGAGCAAGGAUUGCAAGGACCAAGAGGAAUACUUGGGCCUCCAGGAAACAUGGGGCCAGAUGGACCAGCAGGAGAAAAGGGAUCCCAAGGAGAGAAAGGACCAAAAGGAGAUGUUGGAGAAAUGGGCCCACGAGGAGUCCGAGGUUUGCAGGGUCCUCCCGGAAGUGUUGGCCCCUCUGGACCGCAAGGCAACAGCGGCUCACAAGGUGAAAAAGGUGUAAAAGGAGAAACAGGUCUCCAAGGAGCCACUGGUGCACAAGGUCCCAAAGGCGCAACAGGUGACCCUGGGCCCAAAGGUGAUAAAGGGCCAGUGGGUGAAAAGGGAGCAAAAGGGGAUGUAGGAGCCACAGGAUUACAAGGAGCAACCGGUGCACGAGGGCCAGCAGGGGAGCCAGGCUUCCCUGGAUCCAAAGGAGAUAAAGGUUCCACAGGUGACAAGGGGGAAAAAGGGGACAGCGGUCUCUCAGAGGUCAACCUUAUGAAAAAACAUUUCAGUGCCCUAGAGGUAGAGCUGAAAGCCCUGCAAGCCAGUUUCUCCAAAUAUCUAAAAGUUGCAGCAUUCCCAAGUGGACGAACUGUUGGUAACAAAGUGUUUUUAACCAGCGCCUACGAAGGCACCUUUGCUGAUCUGAAGCAAAGGUGUCUGCAAGCUGGAGGCCAACUCGCUGCCCCCAGGAACGCUGCUGAGAAUGCUGCAGUCCAACAGAUAGUUGUUCUCUAUAAGAAGUCAGUGUUUCUGGGGAUCACUGCUACCCAGACGGAGAGGAAUUUUAAGUACCUGAAUGGUGAUCCCAUCGUUUAUUCCAACUGGCUGCAAGGAGAACCCAAUAAUGACAAGGGCGGGGAGAAUUGUGUAGAAGUUUUUGAGAAUGGCAAGUGGAACGACCGGUCCUGUGGGGAGAAGAGGCUACUACUCUGUGAAUUUUAG